CUGGUAACGGGCCUAGCUAUUUAACGUUAUUGCUGUUCGGUAUACAUCGAAGAAAGGAUUGCUAGGUGUAACCGUCGCUUCGUUUGCUUUUUAUUUUAACUCGAUAUGGAGUUCAAAAGUAAACCCAGUAUUUUAUCUGUUCAUUAAAACAUAAUUCAACAAGUGUCUCAUAAUUUAAAGACGAAAUUUGUUGGGUUUUUUUAAUCUUUGUUCGGAGGAUAAAAUACCUGGGCAUUGACCACGUGAUCUGAAUAUGAAUGAAAUAGGCAUAAUGGAAGUCCGUCAAAUUUAUUCUCAAUAAGGCAUAGAUAUAUAUAAUAUAUAUCCUCACCCUUUGUAACAACACAUUCGCUAAACAUAAACUAGGACCUGCUGUACUCAAAUUAAUGUAUUAAAUCUUAUGUCAAACAUAAAACAAAAAAAAAAACAUAGGCCAAAAAUUAGUUUCGUUUUUUUCGGGAUGUAGACUCUAGUACCAAGAAUCAGAAAAUGUCUUUGAAUGUAAACUCCGGGUUUUUAGUGUUAGCAUUAUCGAUAACAUUUGUAUUUGCGUAUGCCAGAUACGUGAGUGUUCAGGGCCAAAAAUAUUGAAUUGCCUGUUGUGUUUCUUGCUUUAAUUGGGCAUUGAUUUGAUCUGAGAAGAAAGAGGGACUAUUAAAAGUGUGAAAAUUAAAAGAAGUCAUAGAAUGAGUGAUCAUCACAAUGGACAAGUCAGUCAAAGGGAGGCUCUGGAAAUCAAACAACUAAGCAGUGUAGAUGAGAUGGUGACCAUUGAGUCUGAUCUAGUUACAGAUGUUAUGAUAUGUAAUGGUGCUACAUCUAAUGGGGAGAUUAAAACAUCCAAGAAUAUAUCAACAGAAGAUGUUGCUGGUGAUGAAAUUGCUGAUCACAUGACGCCCUUAGAUGAGGAAAAUGAAUCACCACUUUCCUUGGCUGAAUUUUUUUUGGAGAGGUUCGGAUCAAAGCUGACAAAGGCUUUUACUGUUGCUUUACUGAUCCUGUAUUUCACCUACUUUAUUGGUGCCAUCUUGUUUAGCACUCUGGGAUCAUGCUAUCAGGAACAGGAUAUAAUGGACUUGGUGCAACUAACUGUAGUGGUCAGUGUCCUUGUGGUCAGUUUUUACUCAAAGGAGAAGCUCAUUGGUUGGAUACAAAAAGUCCUCAUUCCUGUUCAAAAUUUUGUUGAAAAAAAUUCAACUAUUUUCAAAAGGUUAAUUGUUUUUGGUUUAGUCGGUACAACAGUGGUCAUAAUAAUAAUUUCAGCAGUGAAUAGACCAAGCAAUCUCAUCUCUAUAAUUGGAUGGGGUAUUCUUCUCACCACCUUAAUCAUUUGUUCACGGGCUCCAAGAAAGAUUAAAUGGAGACCUGUUGUUGGUGGAUUUUUUCUUCAAUUUUUUAUGGCUACACUUGUGUUGAAGUGGGAGCUGGGUUUUAAAUUUCUUGAAAUGUUAGGAUCUCUCUUUACCAAGUUCAUGAAUUAUAGUUUGCAUGGUGCAGUAUUUGUAUUUGGCUCAACCACACAGCAUUUCUUUGCUUUCCAAGUUCUUCCAGUCAUUGUCUUCUUCAGUACUAUCAUCACUCUCUUGUAUUAUUUGGGCAUUAUGCAAGUUAUCAUCGAGAAGAUUGCUUGGUUCAUGAAGUUUACUGUGGGGACCACUGGGGCUGAAUCUUUGUGUGCUGCUGGGAAUAUUUUUGUUGGUGCUACUGAAGCUCCCAUUAUGAUUCGACCAUUCCUGGCAGACAUGACCAAUUCAGAACUUCAUGCUGUUAUGGUGGGUGGUUUUGCCACUAUUGCUGGUGGAGUUAUGGCUGCUUACAUAAUGAAUGGGGUCCCAGCAGCAUAUUUAAUUACAGCUUCAGUUAUGAAUGCUCCUGCAUCAUUAGCAGUUUCCAAAGUUAUUCACCCUGAACUAAGCAAAAGCAAAAUAGCCAGUAUUACAUCAAUCAUGCAGGAAAAGCAGCCCUACAACAAUCUUCUACAUGCAGCUGCUUCUGGAGCAUCUGCUGCUAUCUCAUUGGUAGCUAACAUUGCUGCCAACCUUAUUGCUUUUGUCUCUCUUCUUUAUAUAGCCAAUGCAGUGGUGUCUUGGUUUGGGAGCUUUGUUUGUCUUCCUGAGCUGAACUUUGAGAUGAUCUGUGGUUAUGUCCUUCGUCCACUAGUAUUUACUAUGGGUGUUGAAUGGCAGGAUACUGGUCACGUAGCUGAGCUGAUUGGGAUCAAAACAUUUAUUAAUGAAUUUGUAGCUUACAGCAAAUUGGCUGACAUGAUCAAAUCAAGACAACAAUGCCUACAAGGAGAAGUUUUAUCUGUGAGAUCUGAAAUAAUUGCCACGUUUGCACUCUGUGGAUUUGCAAACUUUGGGUGUAUCGGUGUUCAGUUGGGAGGCCUGGGGCCUAUGGCACCCUCCAGAUUGGUGGACAUGACGAAAUUGGCUAUAUCAGCCAUGUUUGGUGGCCUAGUUACAAACCUGAUGUCUGCAUGUCUUGCAGGUCUUCUCAUUGAUGACAUGUUCAGUAACACCACAUCUUGUAAUCUGACCACGACAUUGACCAACACCACAUUUUGAGAUGGACAUUCUUCUAACAUAAAUAUCAAAUGAAACUAUAUUAGUGAUCACUACAUUAUUAUUAUAAUUGCUUUGUUCAUCUGCCACAUACUAAAAGACUAUUAGUAUGAAGUAUUGCAGAGAAUGUAAACUUUACUGAUUAUUAUUAUUUCUAUUAUCAUUAGGAUUUGUUGGCUGGCAGCAAUGUAUUUCUAAGAUAGAUUUUUGUGGCAUUAUUUUAAACAAUAUGCUAGAUACAAAUACUGGAUUUGGAGAUCUGAUCAUCACUACAUGUAUUGCGAGUGGAGGUUGUCUUCUAAAUAUACUCAUUGGGUAACUUCUUUAAGUGUUAAGUAGAAAAUCGGUUUAACAAAAGUUGUCGUCAUUGGAUAGCAAACAUUGUCAACUAAAAGCUAAUGUUUCUUUUAAGCCCGGAAAGUCUUCAACAAUUAAUACUUAAAAAUCUCAUUCGCUUUUCGACUCAUUUGUUUUAUCUUUGCAUUCCUAUUUUUGUAUAAUGGUAAAGUGUUGUCAAAGCUUCUAUGAAGCUUGAAAGGCUAGUGAAUCUUUCAUGGACAGAACCAAAAGUCAUGAAGAGGGGAAAAAAUUUAAUAAGAGGUGGAUUUUAUUUUGUAUUUAUUCAACUAUGUUGUAUUGAAAUGUCAAAGUCUAAUAAGAAUCAAAACUCUUAAGCUUCCUUUACAAAGUGUUAACUUAUUAUUAUUCAUUAUGAUAUGCUGAUAGCACGUAAAUAUGGAAUUAUUUUGUUAAAGGUCAAAUACACUUUCAUGUUUUUAAUACCUAAUGUUA